AUGGCGACGAGUACUCCACCACUUUCUCAUCCUACAUUAUCUUCUACUUCUCACAGUACCUGGAAUUCAUUACAUCAUCUCAUAAAAAUCGAAUCAGCUUCUGCCUCUGCAGAAUCGAGUCGACCUUCUUCAAUAGAUUCUCGUCAAGUCGACUCCAUUCCCGAAGAAGACGAAUACGAGACUAGCAGUGAAGCUGUCAAUGAGCCAAUAACUCCUACAGAGUUCCAACAUCCUCAACAACAUACGAGAGUGAUUACUAGUGACGAGAUUUCUGAUAUCAUCCACAAACUUCCUCCAGCUCCAAUUCAACUUCCUACAAUAGUCAAUAUCGUUGCGACUCCUUCACUUCUUUCGACCGAUCAGACUCUAUCCCCUACACCACAGUCUCUUAAAGGAGACACAAAACUACCUUCUACUCCAGUUCCGCUGUUGAAAAAGCCGACCUUGUCAACAAGAGAGUCGGGAUUGAGAGGUAAAGUUUCAAAAUUCUUCAAGAGAUCGAAUUCUCAUUCUGGCUAUCUCAAAAUUACUGUCUUGGACGAUCAGACCAAUCUCACAAACAACAAUGGCUCCGAUCCAACGUUAGCAACAGAGCAUCGUCGAAUGUCGAUUGGACGAGCGUCAACUUCCACCACAGCCUUCACCUCCCGCACGAACACACCACCAUCACCUAGUACACCAUCAGAACCCCAGUCUUCACAAGAAAACAUAUCAACCAAUGUAAGACUGAAUGAGAACUUCAGUAUGUCCAAGAAACAAAGAUCUUCCACCGGUCUAAGCAUCGGCAUGAUGAAUAAAUUUCAAAACCAUGGACCCAAGAUUGCCUUCGAUACACCCGUAAAGGAGGAGAGAACCAAGACUCCACAACGUGCCACAAGCGUUGAUUGGGAUUUCAAUAAUGGCGUUGGCACGGAGUCGGGUGUUCAGGAGAUGUCUCGAGAGCCUUGGGCCAUGCCAGCCGAGACUGGAAUUGGUCUGAAAUCGAGACGCUUGAGUAUGAGUCUUCCAGAUGACUUCCUCGUCGACGUUGUAGAAUUGGACGAAGAAUACCACCAACCCAAUAAACUCAUAGGACGUGGAAGAAAACAAAUUGGUAAAGGUGCCACAGCUCAUGUGAACCUUGUGCUCAAGAAUGGUACCAACGAUACAUAUGCCGUGAAAGAAUUCCGAGGAAAGUCUACAACGGAAAAGGAAGAAGACUAUGAGAAGAAGGUCAAAUCGGAAUAUUCCAUCGCAAAAGCUGCUCGUCACCCAAACAUUGUACAAACCUUCCGACUUUGUACACAUAAUGGACGGUGGAACCAUGUGAUGGAAUACUGCGAGCAAGGAGAUUUAUUCGGUCUCAUCAAUCAAAAGUACCUGAACAAGGAGGAUCAUCUAAAGGAUCGACAAUGUCUAUUCAAACAACUCAUUCAAGGCAUUCAUUUUCUCCAUAGUAAUGGGAUUGCCCAUCGAGACAUCAAGCCCGAAAAUCUAUUGAUCACCAAGGAUAGCAAGCUUAAAAUCACUGAUUUUGGCGUCUCCGAAGUCUUUGCCGGUAUUCAUCCUGGUUCUAAAGCCGCCAGAGGUGAAUGUGGAAAAGACAUGACCGAGACCAGACUUUGUGCUCCUGGUAUCUGUGGUAGUCCUCCAUAUAUUGCCCCGGAGGUUCUUGAAAAGCAAGGUGAAUAUGAUCCAAGACCUUUAGAUGUAUGGAGUGCUGCCAUAGUUAUGCUUUGCAUGACGGCCAACGGCUGUCUUUGGGAAAGUGCGAAACCUAACACCUCGCCUCUCUACGACGAGCUCGUCCGCGGUUGGGACAAAUGGAACAACAAACAUGACGAUUGCACCAUCACGGAUUCCGACUAUCCCCACGUUUCUUUCUUUGAUAAACACAUCAAUCCCCCAGCUCUUCGUCGCAUACUUCUCACAAUGCUUAACCCCAACCCAAAACAUAGGGCAAGUAUUGGCGAAAUUGCCAAAAAUCGAUGGAUGAGAAAUGUGGAGUGUUGUCAAAUUGAUAGUUAUGAUGAACCGACUAAAGUUAUUGAUGCGAGUAAGUGUUGUGGCGUUGGUAAUAGGAGUUUGAAUAGAGUGGUGGGUCAUAAUCAUUUGCCACCGAAAGAACACCAUGGACAUAAGUUGGUUAGAUUACCGGGAAGUACGGAUAUGUGA